AAGAAGGAGUGCUGGACCACCCUUAAUGUCUGUGAAGAGAACAAACCUUAUCCAUCGCCAGUUCAGGAGCUGCGCACCAGAACAGAGUCUCUUCACAUCUCGAAGGACUUCUCCUCCUCUCUCUUUUGAAUCUUUACUUCUCCAUACCUUCCCUCUCUUCCGCAUACCCUUCAUCAUAACACAGCAACUGCAGACAUCAUGUUUACUGGCAUCGUAGAAAUCCUCGGGAAGGUCACCGACAUUGCACCUCUCGACUUUUCAGAAUCAGGUGGAAAAGGAUUCAGCAUCACCAUUGGCGAGGCUGCCGAGAUCCUGGGCGACUGCCAUCUUGGCGACAGCAUUGCUGUCAAUGGAACCUGCUUGACCGUAACAGAGUUCGGUGCCUCGUUCUUCAAAGUUGGUGUCGCACCCGAGACCCUGCGCAAGACCAAUCUCGGUUCAUUAAAGGUCGGUGACGCCGUCAACUUGGAGCGUGCCAUGAAUGCUCAUACCCGCUUUGGUGGCCACAUGGUACAAGGCCAUGUCGAUACUACGGUCUCCAUUGUCUCUCGUGAGGAUGACGGCAAUGCCAUUACGUUCGUCUUUGAAAUUCCUGAAGAAUACAAGGAGCUCAUGGACUACAUCGUCCCCAAGGGAUUCAUCUGUCUGGAUGGCACCUCCCUCACUGUCAUUGAUGUCGACGAUGUCAAGAGGACGUUUUCUAUCAUGAUGAUCGCCUACACGCAGACCAGGGUUGUCAUGCCACGCAAGGCUUUGGGCGAUAAGGUCAAUGUCGAGGUCGAUAUGAUGGGCAAGUAUGCCUCCAAGGGCGUCGAGGCUAUGGUCAAGAGAUUCCUUGAUGGCGAGGAAGGUGAGACCAUGGUCACCAAGGUCUUGGAUCGUAUUCUCGCUAAGCGCGGUUCUACGCAAUAACUGUCAGCCGCAAUAAAGUAUUUGAACAAUAUUUGUCUAUAAUUC